AUGAGCUUGCCCAACUAUUCCUGCCCUGAUGGUGGAGCCUUCUACAUUUGCGAAGGCGCAUGGGUUGAAUUCUUCUGCUGCUGCACGAGCGACCCCUGCGUAAACGGCGCAGGCAAGUGUCCCGAUGGCAACCUUCGCGCAGCAGAACUUGACUUUAAUGAUCUGGUAAACAUCCCCGACGUCUUCUGCUCUGCCUCCAAAAGCUUUGAUUUUUUCGGAAAUUGCCCGGGCGACGAUACCACGAACGUUUGGCAUGGCGGCCCCCAAGAGCUUCACCCCAAGAGCUUCGGCUGGUACGCAGGGUUGAUAUGGGAUAUAUUGUUAACAUUGGCAGCUGCAUUGUUCAUCGUGCUUCCUGUGCUCGCGCUUAGGCUCGAAGGUCAAGAACACUCUGAUUACGGACGAUCAGUGCUCGAACUUACUCGAUUGAGUCCAACGAUAUAUCCCAUUCUCUUUGCCACCGUUGCAAGCCGUUUCUAUAAGAAUAUCUCUCGCUGGUGCUUAGAACAACGCAAUGGUAUUAGUCUGGCAUCUCUUGAGCAAACAUUUGGCAGCCAAAGCUUAGCCGGAGCCUUGGAGAGACUCUUUUCUGUCCGGGCCCAGGUCCCAAUUGGCAUUGUAAUUCUCCUCACCUGGACGUUAUCUCCCCUUGGUGGCCAGAGUGCUUCUAGGCUGCUUUCGACUUGGGGAAGCAGCACGAUUACUAACCGAACCAUAUACUACGCCAAUCCCAGCUAUCAGAUGUCAUAUUUCCUCGUCUCGUCAUUUGCAGCUGCCACCAAGGCAAACGUCAUAGCCCUCUACUCCUCCAGUCUUAUCUCUUCACCGGAACAACGGCGGUCCUCCAGAGACCUGUGGGGUCUGCCGAAAAUUCCUCAAUGGGUGGAAGGCAGGGCAGACAAGAUGUAUGAUGUUGAUGAACGUAGCCUGUAUAAUGGUGACGCCCACUACUCGUCACUACUCGGAGUCAAGGUCCAGGGCCUUGAGUUUGCUAGCGACACGUCACAGUUUGAUUUCUCCAUUGAAACGUCUUACAUCGACUUCAAUUGCUCAUUCGAAGGGGUUUUUGCUUCAAUCAUUUCAGACCCUCUCGAAAACAUCAACACCGACUUGUUCAAGUCAUUUCCAAUUGACAUCACCAUCAACAACUCAGAACUGUGGGGAAGGUGGAAUAGUUCCCACAAUCCCCCUCCGAUCCAAAUGGUGUACACAAGCCUGACGGUUCCUUCAAUUUUCCCAAAGUCUUUCGAUGCCAGCGUGUUCAAAUGUGACAUGCGGAAUGUCAUUCUAGAAACUGAGAUACGAUGUGGCCCCACUCCAUUGGCGACAAGCUGCUCUGCAAGGCGGCAACGACGUGUCAAUAGACCUGAUAAAGCCAGCCGCUUGCCAGCGCACAUGCUGAGUAGUCCUGUAGGGCUACAGAACGGCCUUCGGCUGUGGAGAGAGGCUGCAGGCCCAACCAAACAAGACACGGCGUCGCCAACGGACAACUAUAUAGUCGGGGAGUUGACUCCAUAUUCUGGGCAAACUCUGCGGACUUGGUCCAGUGGUUCUCCCCCUAACGUCACAAACUUCUCGAAACGUCUUACCACAGCAUUCAACACCUUCUGGGAGGCUACGUUGUUUCCCUUCAGUCACACCACUGUGUCAUUUAACACUCCGACACAAUUCAGCCAGAUGUCGGAAAUCGUCCCCAACGGCCAACCGUUUUUAAACUCGACACAAGGUACCAUGACGACAAAACACGACAUACUCGCAAUUGUGGGGUUCAUUUUGCGCUUCUUUAUCCAUGGACCAGACGUGCUGGGCUUCGUGAGUUCGAUGACGCGAGAUAAUCCAUAUACGCCCCUGCAUCGUGGCGGAUCUGGCUUGAAUGGACCAGACAGGGCGAGAAGACUCCGGCACCUGCGUGUUCAACUGGCAGACCUGCAACCUCAGAAUGACAUUGGCUACAUUGGACUCAGGACGGUUCCGUGGGUAGACCUAAUGGAGCAACAACUGCAGAAAGAUGAAACAAGCUUGAAGUGGCGGUCAUUUGGUCGAAAGAGGACAUAUUUAUAG